CAAUUUUCUCUCUCUCUACCUAUUCUUCUCCUUGAUCUCACAACAAGACUUAAAAUGACGGAAAAACCUUAGAGCUAUGCAGGUAUUUACAGCCGAAACCGGGUCAACCCAGUACAAGUUACUACUACAAAUAAAGGGCAUUUAAAGUCAUUUAGCAUUUAACUGAACGAAAAGCCUACCAACGUUCGCGUUAUUUACUUCCUGCACCAAACAACCCAUAUCGAUAAGAGCAUUGAUGGUCUUUUAUUACUGAAAACCGCACAUUAGAAAGUUGGAAAAUAAACAAAGAGACAGCGGGGGAGAAAGUGGGAGAAAAUCCAUGGCUGAACAACACUCCGAUGAUUUGGACCAACUCCUUGAUAGCGCCUUAGAUGAUUUCCAGAGUCUCAAUCUGACCUCUUCUGCUCAAAGGUUCAAUACUUUUUUCCUGUAUUAUGUGUAUCUAUUUGACUUUCCACAUAAUUACAAUUCACAUAGCUGUGAGAUAAUUUCUGGGUUUGAAAUUCAGGUUAUGAAUUGAAAAGGGUUGUUGUUUUUAUCAAGUUAAUUUUAUCUUCCUCUUUCUUUUUUUCUUUCUUUCUUUUUUCUUUCCAAUUGAAUUGUAGAGGUGAGAAUAGUGAAGGGGACAAGCAAGACAGUUCUUCUACUCCAAGUGGGGUGCAAGGGUUAGGGAUGGGUUUACCUGAUUUGAGAAGUAAGAAAAAAGGGAAGCAAAAAGUUUCUAAGGAAUCCCAUGUUACAGAGGCUCUUGAUAAGCUGAGGGAGCAGACUCGAGAGGCUGUUAAAGGUUUGGAAUCGGUUUCUGGGCCUAAAGCCCCCGGAGAGAAUCUUGGGAAUGAUGCAAUGAUGGAAGAUUGGGUUAAGCAGUUUGAGGAGCUUGCUGGUUCACAGGACAUGGAGUCUAUUGUAGAGACCAUGAUGCAGCAGCUCCUGUCUAAGGAAGUUCUGCAUGAACCUAUGAAAGAAAUUGGUGAAAGAUAUCCUAAAUGGUUGGACGACAACAUAGCCAAACUGAGCACGGAAGAAUAUCAACGAUUCUCCCAGCAGUACCAACUGAUAAAAGAACUAAAUGUAGUUUAUGAAAACGAGCCUGGUAAUUUCAACAAGAUCGUCGAGCUUAUGCAGAAAAUGCAAGAUUGUGGCCAACCGCCAAAUGACAUUGUUCAAGAGCUCGCCCCGGAUUUUGAUCUAUCAAAUUUCGGACAAUUGUCUCCAGAGAUGUUGGAAUCUCAACAGAAUUGUUGUAUUAUGUAAUUAGAUGAUGUAUUUCAAUUUGGAAUUUCUUAGAGCACACCUGACCACAUCAAUAUUUUUAGUUCAAGUUUGGUUUUUGUCCGCAAGGGUUUCACAAUUCUCAUUGUGUAGUGGUCUUCUACUCUCUCAUUUUGGUUAAGAAUUCCAUUUCUACCUAGGAAGUACGUGUGUUAUUAUGGUCUGUAGAGUAAAAUUUUGCAUCGCGUGUAUUUCUACCUUGGUAUUGUAUUUUUAUAGUUCAAUGUCAAUCAAACUAGUACAACAGAUUGUACUUGUCAAAUAAGACUUGAGGUAGAAUGUUUGAAAUCUAUAAGAAAACGGAGUUUGGGAAAAAAAAAUCGGAG